AGUGAUUUCAGAUGGGAGUAGUCAUUCCUCUUGUGGCAGUGACCGCAUUUUGGCUGCUCAUCGGUGCUGGUGGCCCAUUCCUUGUUCCUAAAGGACCCAACCGAGGAAUCAUUCAGACUAUGAUUAUCAUGACGGCUGUUUGUUGUCAUCUCUUCUGGAUUAUGAUCUACCUGCAUCAGCUCAAUCCACUGAUCGGACCUCAAAUUAAUGUGAAAACGAUCCGCUGGAUUUCACAUAAAUCUCGCACCGACGCCAUCCCGAUCGACUACCGAAUACCGCUUGCGGUGCUCAGACGACUGUACAGGAUUAUUUUUUCAUUGUGA